AGGGAGGCGGGGGUGGUGUUGGGGGCAGCUUGUGUAGGUAUCAUGGCUGCUGUGGCUGAGCUUAGUCUCCCGUGCGCCGGUGACCGGAGCCUGGAGCAGAGCUGCAGCCCCAACCUCUCCCAAGAGGUGCUGUUCGAAAUCUUUCGCUCCCUGCAUACCCUGGCUGGACAACUUAACCUCAGAGAUGAUGUGGUGAAAAUUACAAUCGAUUGGAACAAACUCCAGAGUCUCUCAGCAUUCCAGCCUGCUUUGCUCUUUAGUGCACUCGAGCAGCACGUUUUAUAUUUACAGCCUUUUUUAGCAAAACUUCAGCCUCUGAUAAAAGAGGAGAAUACAGCUGUUGUUGAAGAGAUAGGAAAAGGAGAAAAAGGGAGCAAGAAUGAAGUAGAUGCCAUAUUUCCCGUUGGUGACCUACAGAAGGAAGAACAGCACAAAGACUGUGAUUUAGGGGAUGUGAAAAAGACACAGGUCCAUUUUGAUCCAGAAGUAGUUCAAAUAAAGGCUGGAAAAGCAGAAAUUGACAGACGAAUAUCUGCAUUUAUUGAAAGAAAGCAAGCUGAAAUCAAUGAAAACAACGUCAGGGAAUUUUGCAAUGUUAUUGAUUGUAAUCAAGAAAAUAGUUGUGCAAGAACCGAUGCCGUUUUUACCCCUUACCCUGGAUUUAAAAGUCAUGUAAAAGUUUCUAGAGUUGUGAAUACAUACGGACCACAGACUCGGCCUGAAGGAGUGCAAGGGUCAGGCCAUACACCGAGCAUGCUCCGAGAUUGUGGUAAUCAGGCUGUAGAAGAGCGACUACAGAAUAUUGAGGCUCACUUGCGAUUGCAGACAGGAAAGAAGGUCUAUGGAUGGAGCAGCUUGACCAAGGAAAGGGGAAGGAGAUUCAGAUGGGUAAGGGUAAUAAUUUUAAACAGCAUGAUCUACAUCUUUAAUCUCAGCCACAUCUCUGGCCUCCCCAAGCUUUCUAUUAAUUUUGCUAUCAUAGGGCCUUUACCCAGGCUUUUUUUUAAAACCAUACUUUCCCUCCUGACCCCACACUGGUGUGGUUACCCUUUAUUAUUUAGCCUCAUAGCACUUGGUACUCUUGUCUCCUCUACUAGAUAGUAAGGUCAGUGAGAUCAAACUGUCAGGUUCAUUACUAUGUACCUAGUGCAGUGCCUGGCACAAAACAGGUAUUUGUUUGGCACAAAACAAGUAUUUGCUGAAGGAACAAUUUGCUCAUUUUACCUUUUUAGAUAUCUGCAAAGCACAGUGGGUUUACAAAGUUAACAUCUAGCUGUCUUGGGAGGUCAAGGAAUGGUGUCCCUGGUAAAGUGACAUUUGAGCCUUUGAAGGGUUCGUAGGAGUUUUUCAGUGGACAGGAGCAAAGGAUUCCGAAAAUGAACAGCAUCUGCAAAAAGUACUGAGGCACAAAAUAUGGCUCAGGAAAUUUCUGAGUCCUGUCCAGCUGGAGUAUUUGCUGGAUAGAGGUAAAAGAGAAUGAGUAAAGCUUUGAGGGUUAUAAGAGAUUAGUAUUCAAAUUAAUCCUUUUGCCCAGAGCUAAAGGAAUUUAAAAUAUAGCUGUAUGAAAGGAUUGACAGAUUUGUUAAGUUUAAUAGUAUCAAGUAGUUAAUUUUGAAAAAUACCUUUUGAAUGUCCACUACAUGCCAAGCUCUGUUUUAGACAGGAGGGAUACUGAGAUGAUGUAAUCAUAGUCUUGCACUUCAAGGACUUUAUAAUUGUUUGGGAGAAAACAGAUUAAUAGUGAAGUGGAGUGUUAAGGGGGCUGUGAAGGAAGAGUGUGGUGGGGGCACAAGGAGCCACGAUGUGAAGUGAUUUGGGCAGUGCUUUAUUGAGUCAGUGAAACUUGAACUGGCUCUUGAAAGGUGCAAGGGCGAGGCAGAGGGUGUUCUAGGUAAAGGGAGCGGCAAGAACAAAGUCACAUGAAUAAGUUAUUCAUUUUACUUUAUUCAAGAGCAAGAAUCACCAAGAUCCCGAGAUAAAAUAUAUAUUUUUAGAAUUUUUAUAUUUUACAAGCUAAUAACUUUUGAUAAGAAAUUUUCCCAUAUUGUUUCAUUGCACAGUCAUGGGUUCAUUCAGUCAUUAUAUAGUGAGCACCUGUGUAGUCUGCUGACUGAUGCUUCCUAGGUUUGUGCAGGGCACAAGCUGACAGGCAUACCCAAUGAACAAAUGGUAAAAUUAUGCCCUCCUGGAUCUCAGAGUGGAGAAUCAAGCAAUAAAUAAACAAAAUACAUCUACAGAAUAUUGAGUGGUAGUAAUGGUUUGGAGAAAAAUAAGGGAAAGGAAUGAGGAUAGGGGUGCCAGGUAGGGGGAGGUGGUAACACUGGUAGUUUUUAAAGGGUUGUGAACCCUGACCUGAGGUUGGUGAGAGUAAGCCUCGUGAAUAUGGAGGCAGAGGGAGCCACAAGCACUAAAACUGAGGGUGCUUGGCCUAGUUGAGUAACAGAAGAAGUAAUUAAGAGGCUGGGAUGAUAUGAUUAUGAGAACAAUGUCCAAACUCUGUGGGACCUGUAGACUGUUGUAAAGGCUUUGACUUCGAGUAACAUGUGAAAGUUUUGAGCA